GAUCUACAGAAAUGGCAGAAGAGACAUCCGUUGAAGCAGUUGCAACAUCCGCAGGCGCCGGUUCAUCCCCAGCGGGGAAGAAAGCCAAGGCCGCCAAGAGUGCCGCCGCGAAGAAGCCGCGAGUGAAGCCAACGCACCCGAAGACCUCUGAGAUGGUGAACAACGCCAUCAAGAACCUGAAGGAGCGCGGCGGCUCUUCUCUGCAGGCCAUCAAGAAGUACGUGGCAGCCAACUACAAGGUCGACGCUGAGAAGCUGGCGCCCUUCAUCCGCAGAUACCUCAAGUCCGCCGUGACGAGUGGCGCUCUGGUGCAGACGAAGGGCAAAGGCGCGUCCGGAUCGUUCAAGUUGGCGGGCCCGGUCGGCAAGAGCGAGAAGAAGCCCGUGGUGAAGAAGCCCCGCGGUGCGUCGAAGAAGACAUCGGCUGGCGAGAAGAAGGUGAAAAAGAGCCCGGCGUCGCCCAAGAAGAAGCCCUCGGCGGCGACCAAGAAGGCCGUGGCGGCGAAGAAGCCCAGCGGCGAGAAGAAAACCGCAAAGAAAGCCGCGACUCCGACGAAGAAAAAGGUCGCCCCGAAGCAGAAGCCCACCAAGGCGUCCGCGAAGUCUGCCGGCACGAAGCCAAAGGUCCCCAAGCCCAAGAAGACGGGAUCGCCGAAGAAAGCCGUGGCGCCGAAGAAGACAGCGGCCAAGAAGAAGUAAAAGCCGUCUUGCGAGCCUAUUUAUCAUCGUCCCACAUUGGGAUACCAUCAAAAAACAGCCCUUAUCAGGGCUAUCAAGCGAAUACGUAAAGAAUUCACAAUGAAACUGAU